UGGGUUAGUACCUAAUCCGCGUUCCAGAACCAACGGAGGAGAUCAUGCGAAAAAGAGAACUUUCUGUAAUUCUCCACACACGAAAUUCGCUCGAACUUCUUCCAAGAAUCGAAGCUUCAAACCCUAGUUCGUCUCUCCAAUCCAGAUACUAGACUGCAGGUGAGCUGUUAAAUUAUAAUGGCAAACAGAGCUCAGAUUCCUACUAACAACUCGGCACUCAUUGCCAUGAUUGCUGACGAGGACACUGUGACUGGAUUUUUGCUGGCUGGAGUGGGUAAUGUCGAUUUGCGAAGAAAGACAAACUACCUUAUUGUCGACUCAAAAACUACCGUAAAAGCAAUUGAAGAUGCAUUCAAAGAGUUCACUACAAAGGAGGAUAUUGCUAUUGUAUUGAUUAGCCAAUAUGUCGCGAACAUGAUAAGGUUUCUAGUUGAUAGCUACAACAACCCAGUGCCUGCAAUUCUGGAGAUCCCUUCCAAGGACCAUCCGUAUGAUCCAACACACGAUUCGGUUCUGUCACGAGUGAGAUAUUUGUUCUCUGCUGAAUCAGUGGCAUCAGGAAGGCGUUAAACCAAGGUGUUAAACCAUUACUAAUUACUAUGUGACACUUGUUAUGAUGUCAUGCUUGACUCAACUGCUUGUAUUUGUCAUUUCUAUUUUCUUUCAUGUUUUUUUAAUAAGUAGCAUGAUUCUCCUACAAAACAUAAAAUUAAAAAUUGCAAUCUAAUCAAGGGGUAUAGAUUCCGGAUA